AUGAAGAGAAAUGGUCAAACUACAAAAAUGUGUAUUAAAUGCCUGAAUGUUCUGAAGGCGUCGAUGGAGCGUACAAAGUGCUCCCAUCAAAGACAGAGGUCCAAGUGUAAAGAGUGCGGAGGAAGCGAAAUUUUCCCCCAUGAAAAAAAGAGAUCAAUCUGUAAAGAAUGUGGAGGUGAAAGCGUCUGUGACCAUCGGAGGAUAAGAUCUCGCUGUGAAGAAUGUAAGCGUGGAAGCAUAUGCUAUCAUCAAAGGGUGAGAUCCAAGUGCAAAGAAUGUAUUGGAAGUCAGAUUUGCAAGCAUCAAAGGCAGAGGUCUCAUUGUAAAGAGUGUAAAGGCAGCCAGAUUUGUAAACAUGAAAGGGUGAGAUCCACCUGUAAAGAGUGUGACGGUAGUCAAGUUUGCCCCCAUGAAAGGCUAAGAUUUCAGCGCCCCAUAUGCGAUCCAGCUGGACAUCUAGCCGGUGUUGUAGGAAGCCGAGCCCGCCACGUCCUACAGGGAAACAAGGAACUCAGCUCUGGCUAG